UCUAUAGUGCAUUCCUGAUGAGCACAACACUGUCACAUUUACAGUACCUGCAUUCUAAUGUGUUCACUAGACUUAUUGCACUCUGUGCCACAGCAGUAUUUCACACCUACUUGCUUAGACUGUAGAGCUAAAAGGCUCUCUACAUAAAGAAACAAACCACAAAGUCAAUACCAUGUUGCCUUCCAGUGGAAUUAUCCUUAUUUUAUUGCCGACUAGUUUAUGGUGGACCAGAAGCAAUGGUUACAUAAACAAUACCUCAACUACAGAUAUGACUCCAUCCACACACCAAGGAACUUCGCAGCAGCUAACUCUUAAUGGAACUAAAGGAAUAACUCCUUCUACUACAAGCCAUGUCACACCAUCAAUGACCAAUAAGAAUGAAACAACAACAAGUCCAGUAAUAGAAAAUAACACUAAAAGCAACAGUGUACCUCAUAGAUCCACUAAUGGCACAUUGUUACCUUUGUCUUGGUAUGUAACUAAUAGCUUACCGGAUGCCAUAAAUAACUCUACCACCAACAGAAUCCCAGCAUCUUCAACAAUAUCCAUAACCACAAGUGACUUUCCCACAGUGACCGCGAGCAACCUGCCUACAAGUGCUGGUAUACCACGGAACACAGAACUCAAAAAUAUCACAUCAGUCAAUUAUACCAGUUCUACUGCAACAAUCUUCACUAAAGGCACUCUAACAAACUCCACAGAAGUCUCCUCCACAAAUAGUCCAUCAAAUACACUGACCACAUUCUCCACAGCCAACAGUGACAAUGUCACAACAGACUUUAAAACAAUUUCAAAGACCACAAAUGUACACCAGAAUUUCACCAACCAUUCCACAUUCCCAUCAAAUCCAAAAGAACCCAACGAAGAGAAUCAGCACAGCGCAGGAGUGGUGUUUGGUGCGAUUGUAGGAGCCAUUCUAGGAUCUGCAUUAAUUGGUCUAAUUGGGUACUUUCUAUGUACAAAGAGAAAGCCUGACUCAUUUUCUCAUCAGCGACUUUAUGAUGACCCAAGGAGUGAACCAGUUCUCCGAUUAGAGAAUUCAUCUUAUGAUGUGAGCCUUGGUGAUUUGUCUUACUACAAUCCCAGCACAACAGAGUCGGCAGCACAGAACAGCAAAGGAAAACCAUAUGAUGGCAUUCCAAUGGGCAACUUGACUUCAUCUCAACCCCCAGCAUAAUCUCAGGGG